GUCUCGCUCCACCCUCUCCGUCCCUCCUUUUCAUCUCUGCAUCGCAAAUCAUGCAGAGCGACGAUGUUAUCUGGUCAGUGAUCAAUACCCAGUUCUGUUCGUAUAAAGUCAAAACGACGACACAGAACUUCUGCCGCAAUGAGUACAAUGUCACCGGUCUGUGCAACAGACAAAGUUGCCCCCUCGCAAACUCGCGGUAUGCGACGGUGAGGGAGAAGGAGGGUAUCCUCUACCUCUACGUGAAGACCAUUGAGCGUGCGCACUCUCCCGCGCACAUGUGGGAGCGCAUCAAGCUCUCGAAUAACUACACCAAGGCACUCGAACAGAUUGACAAGGAGCUCAUCCACUGGCCGAACUUCACGAUCCACAAAUGCAAGCAGCGGGUGACGAAAAUCACGCAGUACCUCAUUAAGAUGCGGCGCCUUGCUCUCCGUCAACAACCAAAACUCGUCGGAAUCAAGAAAAAGCUCGACCGGCGCGAGGCCGUGCGCGAGCGCAAGGCGCUCUCCGCGGCGAAGCUCGAGCGGUCGAUCGAGGCGGAGCUCAUCGAGCGCCUCAAGUCGAAGGCGUACGGCGACGCGCCGCUGAACGUGAACGAGGCCGUGUGGCAGGCGGUGCUCGACCGCGAGAAGGGCGAGAAGGGCAAGGGCAAGGAGCUCGAGCUGGAGGACGACGAGACGGAUGAGGAGGACGAGGAGGACAUGGAGGAGGAGGAAGAGGAGGAGGGCUGGGGCGAGCGCGAGUUCGUGAGCGACGUGAGCGGGGACGAGGACGGGCUGAGCGACCUGGAGGAUGCCUUGUCAUCUGGAGAGGACGGCGAAGACGAUGAUGAGGACGAGGAUGAGGAGAGCGGCGAGGACGAUCCCUCCGCGAAGAAGUCUACCCUCGGCAAGCGGAAAGCGCCAUCACGGACAGGCAAACCACCAAAGAAGGGGCCAGAGAAAAAGGCGAGACGUGGCCCCAGAGUGGAGGUGGAGUACGAGCACGAGAUGGAGAGCGUACCACUCACGAAGGAGGCUCUCGCAAAUUGGUAGCUUGUCCCUUUCCGUUUUGCAUGCUGCUUCAUUUGCGCGCCCUCGGUGUUGUCAUUACUUCCUAUAUUAUACGUGGAACACCAGACUCUACAUGCGGAAUACGAGGCACAAUCACAACGACGACCUCGAGAUGAGCACAAACGGGCGGCAGGAAUAAAUUACGAACAUUUACGCUAAGAAGCUAACCAAAAAAAUCCUACUAACCAGCGAUACAUAUGCGGAGUGCGGGUGUACAAUAAGCUCUACUGGGUCUUGUGCAACUUUUGCUGCUGCUUCUGCCUGCGCACUUCGAUGUCCUUGCGCGUCAUCCGCGUGCCCAGGAUCGCGUCCCAGUGGAUGAAGAAGGGCUGUGAGAAGUUCGACUUGAUGCCAAUCACCUGAUGGUGGAUGUCAUGGUAGUCGGCGUUGUUCGAGCUGAUGAGCUGCAGCGGGUCCCACGGGAGCUUGUAGCCACAGUGGUCGUCCACGGUCUUGAGCGUAGAGAUCGUGAAGAGGAAUAUGGCCUCGCGCGUGCUGAGCUGCGCGAUCCACUCCGCGAGUCCGGCGCCGGCGGUGUCGAGGAGCAGCCCCUCGAGCGGGUGGUUGUAGAGCGCGCCAUACGCAUAGGGGACGUAGAGCCGGUGGUGGUAGGAGUGGAAGCUCUUGUAAAGGAAGGUGUUCAUGUGCAUGGCUCGGUGCAGGAAGUAUUGCCAUGUGUCGAUGAUGAACAUUCCGAGCACAAAUUUGAACGUCGGGAUCGCCCACCAGUACACAGCGUACAGAGCUUCCGCGCCCUUGGUCGCCAGGAACUGUGCAGCAGCGUCCUUCCCUAGCACCCACUCCGCCACCUGCGAUAUCGGCCGAGCCAACCAGAGCAUGUUUGCGACAUGGUCCAUCUCGGCACCUACUGGCUUCACUUCGAUCCACCAGUACCCAAGCACCGUCUGCACCGCAUGCUGGAGAAUGACGGCCCAUAGAACUUGUCCAGGGGUAACGAGGUUGCGUGUCCGGACCUCCGCGCUCUCGUGCAAACGGUACCUGUCCAACCACUUCCACCCAGAGACAUCAAGAAGCUGGAAGACACCGCUCAGGCCCCAGUACGCGAUGACCGGGAGGGCGAGAGCAAAGAGAUGGUCCGGCAGCGACGACACUAGACGGGUGCUAGGGGUAUAGUAGAGCGGAGCAUUGGUAGCAAGGUAGUGCCGUUGUGUGGCGUCGAGGAAGGCGGAGCCGGCUGUAGCGUUCAUGGUGGGCAACGCUUCGCGCGAGAGGAUCGUGGAGGUCGUUAAGUAGGACCCGAGAUGGAGGAGGGAAGGAAGCUCAGACCGUGGUCGGCCUCGCCCGACAGUCAGCG